GCCAGGCGGCUGCCUUACCCCCGCCGUCCUCUCCGCCCCCGGGGGCGACGCACACUUUUACCCCGGCCCCUGGCACGGCCGGGCGCUUUGCGGCAGCAGCUCUAGAAACUUCUCGGUCCCUCCCUCUCCCCUCCCCUUCCUCCUCGCCGAGCAGGGGCCGGCGCUGCGGCGAGAGCAGCAGGGAAGGAGGCGUGCGGCGCCCGCCCCCACCCGCGCUGCCCGGAGCCGGAGGCGCAGCCAGGCGCUAUCGCAGCCUCAUCCCGGCGCUCAGCGCAGCACCCAGCCCGCCAGGCGGCCCUUCCCUGCGCAGAGGUGGCAGCGGCAGGCGGCAUGACGGCGGAGGAGAUGAAAGCGGACGGGGCUCCCCUGGAAGGGGUGGACAUCACUCCCAAGCAGGAUGAGGGCGUUCUCAAGGUUGUCAAGAGAGAAGGCAGUGGGACAGAGUCUCCGAUGAUAGGUGAUAAGGUGACCGUCCAUUACACGGGGUGGCUUCUCGAUGGCACAAAAUUUGAUUCCAGUCUGGACAGAAAAGACAAAUUCUCAUUUGACUUGGGGAAAGGUGAGGUGAUCAAAGCAUGGGACAUUGCUGUGGCCACUAUGAAGAUUGGUGAAAUCUGUCGGAUUACGUGUAAACCAGAAUAUGCCUAUGGCUCAGCUGGGAGCCCUCCAAAGAUACCUCCCAAUGCUACACUGAUUUUUGAGAUAGAACUUUUUGAGUUCAAGGGGGAGGACCUCACUGAUGAAGAAGAUGGUGGCAUCAUCCGAAGAAUCCGUAAAAAAGGAGAGGGCUACUCCAGGCCCAAUGAGGAUGCACUUGUAGAGAUCCAGUUUGAAGGCCGACACGGAGAUCGUGUUUUUGACAAGCGGGAAUUGCGGUUUGAGAUUGGAGAAGGUGAAAACUUCGAUAUUCCUCAUGGGCUGGAGAAAGCGAUUCAAAAAAUGGAGAAAUCAGAGGAAUCUGUGUUCUAUCUCAAGCCCAGCUAUGGUUUUGGAAGUGCUGGGAAUGAGAAAUUUAAGAUCCCUCCAGAUGCAGAGCUGCAGUAUGAAGUGAAACUCAAAAGCUUUGAAAAGGCUAAGGAGUCCUGGGAAAUGAACACAGAUGAGAAGUUGGAACAGAGCUCUAUCGUGAAGGAGAGGGGCACUCAGUACUUCAAGGAGGGCAAAUACAAGCGGGCAGCAUUACAGUAUAAGAAGAUUGUGUCGUGGCUGGAGCACGAGUCGGGACUCUCCGAGGAGGAGGAAUCAAAAGCCAAAAGCCUGAGGCUUGCUGCCCACCUUAACUUAGCUAUGUGCCAUCUCAAGCUAAAGGAAUACUCCCAGGCUUUGGAGAACUGCAACAAGGCACUAGAACUGGAUAGCAACAAUGAAAAAGGCCUUUUCCGGCGGGGAGAAGCUCACUUGGCUGUCAAUGACUUUGAGUUGGCCCGAGCAGAUUUCCAGAAGGUGAUACAACUUUAUCCAAGUAACAAAGCUGCCAAAGUGCAGCUGGUGACUUGUCAGCAGAAGAUCCGGGAGCAGCAUGAGAAAGAGAAGAAGAUGUACGCCAACAUGUUCCAAAGGCUCGCAGACAAAGACUUGAAGUCAUCUGCUACUCUCCAGACAAGCCACACUGAAGAUGCAGAAAUGAAAGAUGCGCAGAAUGGAGUUGAAGAUAAAUCAGAAGUUGAAGCAGAAGCAUAAGAAAACCCCUAUUCCAUUAGUUUUGUAAAUGAAAGAAUUUCCAGUGAAUUAGACCUUUAUUUUUCUACCUGGUUGGAUAGUGGCUUCAAGGGAGCAGAGGCUGAAGCCACCAUGCCACAGUCAGUUACAGCUUUAUGUGGCUGUUCAAGAAGCUGAGUGGCAGCAUAAAUCUGGCUUAAUCCUAGUGACUUUAUUUAUUCAUUCAGCCUCUGUUACUGUUUGGGUUCUGUCUGGAUUUACUCUGCUUGGUUUAUUUGCAUUUUCAUAGAAUCAUAGAAUGGCUUGAGUUGGAAGGGACCUCAAAGAUCUAGUUCUAAUGCCCCCUGCCAUGGACAGGGACACCCUUCACUAGACCAGGUUGUUCAGAGCUCCAUCCAGCCUGGUCUUGGACACUUCCAGGGAUGGAACAUCUACAGCUUCUCUGGGCAGCUUGUUCCAGUGCCUCACCACCCUCAGAGUAAAGAAUUUCAUCCUGAUACCUAAUCUUAACAUGCCCUCUUUCAGUUUGAAGCCAUUGCCCUUUGUGCUGUCACUACUUGCCCUUGUAAAUAGUCUCUCUCCAUGUUUCUUGUAGGCUCCCUUUAAGGUACUGGAACGCCGCAGUUUGGUCACCCCAAAGCCUUCUUUUUUCCAGGCUGAACAAUUCCAGUUCUCUCAGCCUUGUCUCAUAAGGAGAGGUGCUUCAUCCCUCUGAUCAUCUUGGUGGGCCUCCUCUGGACUUGCUCCAAAAGGUCCAUGUCCUUCCCGUGCUGGGGAUCCCAGGGGUGGAUGCAUUGUUCCAGCUGGGGUCUCACCAGAGUACAGGGUGAAAAUCCCCUCCCUCCCCUGCUGCCCACGCCACUUUGGAUGCAGCCCAGGUUACAAUUGGCUUCUGGGCUGUGAGUGCACAUUGCCAGCUCAUGUCCAGCCUCUCAUCCAAUAGCACCCCCAGAUCUUCCUUGGCAGAGCUGCUCUGGAUCUGUUCAUCUCCCAGCCGUUAUUGAUACCAGGGGUUGCCCCAGCCCAGGUGCAGCACCUUGCACUUGGCCUUCUUGGAGCCUCAUGAGUUUCACAUGGGCCUACUUCUCACGCUUGUCCAGGUUGCUCUGGGUGGCAUCCUGUCCUCCAGGUGUGUCAAGGGCACUGCUCAGCUGGGUGUCACCUGCAGAUUUGCUGAGGGUGCACUCUCCUCCUUCAUCCAUGUCAUUAACCAAGGUAAUAGUAACACUGGUCCCAGUAUGGGCCCCUGAGGGACACCACUUGUCACUGGUGUCCAUUGGGACGCUGAGCCUUUGACCACUAGCCUGUAGAUGUGACCAUGCAACCAAUUUCUUAUCCAUCAAACAGUCCCCCCACUGCAUCCACCUCUGUCCAAUUUAGAGAGAAGGAAAAUUACAGAAAUGAAGGUAAAUGGCACCUGUAGCCCUUCCCUUGCCCACUCAUGGAGUCACUACAUCAUUGAAGGCCACUAGGCUGCUCAGAUGGUUCUUGCCCUUGGUGAAGCUGUGCUGGCUGUCCCUGGUCACCUCCCUGUCCUCCAUGUGCCUUAGCAUAGCAUCUAGGAGGAUCUGUUCCCUGAUCUUCCCAGGCACAGAGCUGAGGCUGACAGGUCGGUAGUCCCCGAUUUGUCAUCGGUGUUUUUCUUUCUGGUUCCAGCUUACUUUAAUCCCAGGUUCUGUUUUCUAAAUUUAUUUCCUUGAUUUGCUUCAAGUAAUCAGCUUUUUUCAGGAGUCCUCAUGCGAGACUUAAGAACAAAUUGGCGCUCCCAAUUCUUCUGCCUUGGGAUUGCCCUCUUUCCUCUUGUUCAGUAGGGAGUCCCUUCCAUUAAGUUUUGUAGCCUUUCUUGUAUGCCUCCUCUUUGCAAAUUGCUGAAGGUGAAGACUGUGAAGUCACAGCUUAAGUAAUAAAGCUCCAAUUAAACUCAAGAAAACGGAACUUUUCGUGGGUUUUUAUUGGAAUUUGCACAGAAUUGAGAGAAUAUACUGUCCUUUGGUCAGUGUUUUCUUGUCUGCAUAGCCAGUGUCCUGAUUAUUUUUUUUCUGUUGUUUGUUCAUUACCAUGAAAUAGUCCCAUGACAUUUGAUACAGUAUAUAUCCAUAUAUUUGCAAAAGGGAAAAAUUAUGUUGCUGGAAACUGCAUAAAGGAAGUCUGUAACCUAUGCGUAGAGAUUGUUCUAUGUUCAUAUUGCUACCUUCCUCUUCACCCCACCACAUUAUAAAACUGGACCAGAGGGAAAAAAAAAAACAAAACAAAAACAACAAACCAAUACAUCUAAAAGUGACUGGCUUUGAAGUGAAAGUAAGGGAUAAUGGCUUACAUAUUACAAAUACUUUUAAUGAACUACAAACUCCUGAGUGAUUCUAAUGUCUGCUUACCCAGAUCUCACAAGAAAGCUAUUACUCAGUAUUCUGCUUCUUUCUGCAGUUUGUGUGUCUUGUUUGGGGGUGGGUGUGCUUUUGAAUUUUGUGGGGGCUUCUGGUUGGGGUGGGCUUUUUUUUGUCUGAAGGCAUGGAACAUAGUACUCAAACUCAGCUGUUUAUGCUAUCACGUGGUGUUAAAUUCAGCAUCUCCAGUGUCCUGUUCAGAGACAGGGGCAGAAGGGGCAAUUUUUUUGCCUGCUCUGCAGAAGAAAGGUAGAAAAUCUGUUUCUCUCAGAUUAAAAUAAAUGGACUUUUUAAUGGUGAGAAAGAUGUCUUUGCAUGGCAUGCCAUGGGCUGGAAUUUGUGUGUAUAUCGCAGAGAGUAUCCCUGUUCUAACAUGUAAUACAAUGUGAAUUCGUGGACUCCUUUGCUGAAGGAGAAGUACUGUGUAAGCACGUGAGCUCGUGGGGCCUGGGGGAGUGCCACUACCUGUCCUGCAGCAGUGCCAGCCCAGCUUGGGCCCUGGAACUGUCACCAAGCAAGGGCUGCUUGGAGUGCUGCUCUGCCCCAAAUUCAGCACCUGCUGCUGGGUUGGAGCGUGGUUAGAGAGCUGGGAGGUGCAGUGCUCUGAAUCUCAUGGGCUGGGUGGGAGAGGACAGAGGCAAGAGAGAUGCUUGGGAGGUCACUUCACUUAAGGAAAUGCUGAUUUCAUUUGCCUAAUAAAGCCUUAGGGUUGCCAGGUAAUGGGGGUGAUUUUCAUCAGCUCUGACUGUAGUAACAGCCUCGUGCAUGUAUAAAAAUUUAUACCAAAGCAGUACCCCCUCUUGUGGGAAACAACGUUGUGAAUGUGUUGCUGGGGUUAGAAGGGAUUUAUAGACCUAGAAAAAGUUAAAGGGGACAGGAAUGCCAAGCCAGAGUACUUAUUAAUCACGUAAAUACCUUGAUUUGUUGCUAAUUAUUCCUGGAAAUACAAGCCUCCGUGGCUUAAACUGGUUUUGCUGCUAAAGCAUAGAGCCAAGUCCUAAUGAGAAGUUUGUAAUUGUUGAACAGCAGUUUUCAAAAAUCUCCUACAGGCAUGAUAGUUGUACAUGUUUCUGAAAGCAAAAAGUGAUUUCUGUGGCACAUCUAUAAAAAAAUCUAGUCAAUGGUGCAUCUGUUGUUAAAUGUGAGCAGUCUUGAAAGUACCACUGUGCCCUUGUUGUUACUACAUAAACUAUGAAAUGUUUGAGAAUGUAAAUCUGUUAAGGACACUAAACAUGCCCUGUUCAGGCAGCUGAACGGAUGUUCCGUGCUGUCUUUAAAAGUGGGUCUGGUUGCCGGCAGAAGGUGGCAAUACUGGUAUUUGUGAGUGAGGUCAUGCAUGUAAACUUCAACUAUAAACUUCGUUAUGUAUGUCCUUAUAGAGGAAAAAAAAAAAAAAAAACCAAUACUUAAAAUAAACAGUUACAGUCCUGACUUUGUAACCCACA